CCUCCGGAAAAUGAAAAUGACAUUAACCAAGAUGGCGCCGGGCGACAGGGAAAAGUGAUGAGAUAAUAGAACAACAAGCGAUACAACUACAUAACCGUGUGCAUUUAUUUACCCCGUGCGACUGUUUCAGACCAGACUUCUAGCUCGCCAUCGGGAAACUGCCAAACACCUGCUGAGAGACCGCAUCGGAAAAUAUAUUUAUUCAGCUAACUGUUUGCUAACUAGCUGCUAAAGUAGCUAGUCCUAGCUAACGUUAGCUAACUGCGGAAGGCGAGUGGGUAAGGCAAGCAGCUCGAAGUACAAGCCAACAAGUCAAGCUAAUUAUUAUUAUUAUUAUUAUUAUUAUUAUUACAAAAAAACCGAGCGACGUCUCUGUUUGUUCCGUUAUCCAGCUUGCAAUACGGACCAGGUCAUUCAAACCAGCGGUCUGUGAGGAGACUACCGUUAGAGCUCUAAUAAAACGAGCAGAAAAGACGAGGAAAGGCGUCAUCUUUGCCGAUCUGACGCCAUGGCUCACUCUCCUAUUCAGAGUGGUCUGCCGGGGAUUCAGAAUUUCAGAGCUGACCCCGAGGAGCUUUUUACCAAGCUGGAGAGGAUAGGAAAAGGCUCUUUUGGUGAAGUUUUUAAAGGCAUCGACAAUCGGACUCAGAAAGUUGUGGCAAUUAAAAUUAUUGAUCUGGAGGAAGCAGAGGACGAAAUAGAGGACAUUCAGCAGGAAAUCACAGUUCUCAGCCAGUGUGACAGUCCAUUUAUCACCAAGUAUUUUGGAUCCUAUCUCAAGGGCACAAAAUUAUGGAUUAUUAUGGAAUAUUUGGGUGGAGGAUCAGCCCUUGAUUUGUUGGAACCAGGUGCACUGGAUGAAACACAGAUUGCUACAAUCCUGAGAGAGAUCCUGAAAGGACUUGAGUAUCUGCACUCUGAAAAGAAAAUCCACAGAGACAUCAAAGCUGCCAACGUGUUGCUGUCAGAACAAGGCGAUGUGAAGCUGGCAGACUUUGGAGUAGCUGGCCAGUUAACAGACACACAGAUAAAGAGGAACACAUUUGUUGGAACACCUUUCUGGAUGGCACCUGAAGUUAUAAAGCAAUCUGCCUACGAUUCAAAGGCAGACAUCUGGUCAUUAGGAAUAACAGCAAUAGAGCUGGCUAAAGGAGAGCCGCCCCACUCUGAACUUCAUCCUAUGAAGGUUUUAUUCCUCAUCCCAAAGAACAAUCCACCAACACUGGAAGGAAACUACAGUAAAGCACUUAAAGAAUUUGUUGAAGCCUGUUUAAAUAAGGAGCCUAGUUUUAGGCCAACUGCCAAAGAGCUGUUAAAACACAAGUACAUUGUACGGCAUGCCAAAAAGACUUCCUAUCUGACAGAGCUGAUUGACAGAUACAAGAGGUGGAAAUCAGAGCAGUCUCGGGAUGAAUCCAGCUCUGACGAAUCUGAUGAGGAGCCAGAUGGCCAAGCAUCUGGAGGCAACGACGCCAGCAAUGAUGACUGGAUUUUCAACACCAUCAGGGAGAAGGACCUGAAAAAGGUUCAGAAUGGGGCAGCACAGCCUUCUGAGCUGGAAAGGAAACCGGCACAGGAGAGUCCAAAGAGGCCUUUGUCACAAAGCUUAUCUUCAAUCUUUUCUCCAUUGUUUUCUGAGCUGAAAGAAAAGAGUGAGACAAGUAAUGGCAAGCCAGAGGUUGCAGAGCAGCUGCGGGAGGCCAUUUUCCUGGCGGAGGAAACACACCCAGGCAUCUGUGACUCGCUGGUGGCUGAACUAGUGCAAAGACUUCAAAGGUUUUCUGUGCCACAGGCAGCUGCGGCUCAGUGAGAAGAGCUACAUCCAGCUCUGCUCUAAUUUUCCACCCUGGUGGCAGCUGUCAGAUCUUUUCCUCUGACCUCCACAGCCAGGAUGAAGUCUCCCAGGAAGGUCUCCAUCACUUCAUUUGCUUGAAGCAAAUCCUGGCCUACUUUAUGUCUGUUUAUAUCGCUAGCGCACCACCAGAGGGUCCUAUUCAGGACAGUCAGUGGCCAGCCAGUCAGCUGCCACCGUGACUGCCACCUGCUGUAAGAUGUCCCUUCUCAAUACCUCUUUCACAAUGGUUUUAUUUUAAGGGUGGUGUCAGCUAUUUUUUCUGCAAGGACUCUUGAGUUUUUGGUUUUGGUGAGAUUGUGGCUUGAUUGUUCACAAAGGUUUACACUCAGCAUCCUUUUGGAGAAAGUUCCUCGCUUAAUUAACUGUUUGCAUGUGUGUGUGACUGUGCGCGAUAUCCUGUGAAACAUGUGGUGAAGAGUGACGAGUGGGUUGAAGCAUUCUAUUGAAAACUCAGGUAUCCUGCUUUAAGUGGAUUGGAUCCUCUGGGAGAUGGAAAGAGCUCUAUAGGGUGGUUGUACAGACUUGUAAAUAAGCUCAUUUCUACAGAUUCAUGAAAAAAUAAUGGAGCGUUUGUAAUGGAACCACUGUGUACAAAUGGCCAAAUGCAAACUGUAGAUAAUGGUUGUGAGGUAAAUAUUUUGAGAGACUAAAAUGGCCAUAAAUGA